AUGCCACAGGAUUACGCGAUCGGGGCGGACGAAGAGGAGGAGGAAGAAAGGAGAGGAGGCGUGCGCAGAGGGGGGGGGUUAUUAGGUUAUAUUCGACCGCCCGCGGCGCUCGCGCGGGGCUCCACGGGAGGCCGCCGUCGUUUCACGGAGGAGACCUCCUCCUCCCCGCCGCCGCCGCUCGUCCGGGAGACGGUGCCGUAUCGCCCCACCUCCAGCAGCGAGGCCAGCGACGGCGAUCCGGCAAGUGGGGCGACGAAAUCCCGGGCGUUUUCCUUCAACCCCAUUACCGGGCUCGAUGGCUACUACGCGCGGUACUUCCUCGAGCUGCAAAAGCUCGGGAGCGGCACCUACGGCGGGGUGUACCUCUGCCAGCACGUGAUGGAGGGCGUCCCGCUUGGCGUCUUCGCGCUGAAGAAAGUUCCCGUCGGCGACAACCUCACGUACCUCCAAAAAGUCCUCCGCGAGGUGCGCAUUCUUGGUGAGGUGAACCGCCACCCGAACGUCGUGGAGUACAACCACAGCUGGAUUGAAACGGCGCAGCUCGCGGACUUCGGCCCCCCGGUGCGGUGUUUGUUUAUUCUGAUGGAGUACGCCACGGAGGGGUCGCUGGACGCGUAUAUGGAGCGCCACGGCACGGCGCUCUCCACGCUGGCGGUGUGGUAUUUCUUCCUCAGCGCCGUCGCGGGGACGACGCAUCUGCACCGCAAGAACAUCCUCCACCGCGAUCUGAAGCCGCAAAAUCUGCUGUUGACCGGGGCGCCCGGGACGCUGCCGCGGGUGCUCGUUAGCGAUUUCGGCACCGCCGCGCUGCUCGGCGACCUCGGCUACGAGCGCACCGGGGGGACGGGGACGCUGGAGUAUAUGGCACCGGAGCUCCUGGAGUGCGCCGCGCUCCCGCGUUGCGCGACCUACCUGAAUCGGCAUACCAAAGCCUCGGAUACGUGGUCGCUGGGGAUGAUUUUGUAUUACCUCGCCUGCAACGCGACACUGCCGGUGCGGCUGCCGGAUGGCAGCCUCGCGCUUGACAUCGAGGCGCACUCACCGUAUGCGCGACCGCCGGAGAUGGUGCAGCUGAUUCGCGCGAUGCUGCAGCGGGAUCCGAAGCGGCGCCCGAGCUGUCAGGAUAUCCUUCAGUCCACCGUCGCGCAGACCAUUCUACGAAGUUUCAACAGCCAAACCAAGGUUCCCGAGAUCCAUUUGUACUCCCAGUACGUCGAUUCCCCCACCUCGCAACGAGUCGUUCCGUACAGCAAACUGUCGACCGAUAGGCUGCCCCAAGCACGCCGUUUUCGUGGUAGUAAAAAGGAAGAGGAGGCGUACGACGAGAACCCGCACUUGCAAAGUAGUAAGGUGGAGCUCGUCUCCACCUCGGCGAUGAUGAGCAUCCCGCUUUUGAUGCACUACCACACGAACGACGCGAUGACGGCGCGAGGCGGCAGCAAUGGGAGCAAGGACGGCCGCGAGGAUCUCGUCAACAACACCAACAGCCUGCUCUCGCUUCACUCUAACGAGUUCCCGAGCUCACCUUCGACGAUGAAAGGACCGCACCACAAUGCCAUGAAGCCCGCUCUUCCGAGACCGCCGAACGGGCUAUCCACGACCUGGGAAUCGCCGCCGUUUGCGAAACGAAACACCGUGAACCAGGCCGUUCAAACUGACCUCUCCCUCCCGUUGGGAGUCUAG